GUGAGAGAGAACACAACAAACGAUGUGCAUCCAACGGCUAAAACUGCUGCGUCUACUCCAGCAAAUCUGGAUUAUAAUCAUCCAUAACUGCGCCACGUGGACUUUCAAAAUCCACGAGCAGUAGUAGCUUGUUAGCAGUAAGCACAAUCUGACCACACUCCCCAGCGGUUUACGGGUCUUCGCCGCCGCCAUUUGCGCCAAAGCCCAAACUUUCUCGAAGACUCGGCCGUCUUAAAAGUUAAAAAACCCCAUCAACAUAAAAAAGAUGUCAUCAAUUGCCCUCUCACCAGCCCCUCUUCCCCUGCGCACCCAUGCGCACCCUAGCCCCCUCCUCCCUCCCAUGUCUAUCCCGCGCCACCUGACCCUCCACCACCGCCAAUCCUACCAUCACCACCGGCGCCGCCUCGCUGUCGCCGCCGCCGCACUCCGCCAGGACAUCGCUGUCUGGACUCCCGCCCCUCUCUCCUUUGUCGAGCCCGCCGCCAAGUCCCUCUUCCAUGUGACUGUCGACCUCUCCGACUCCCCCGACCUCGCCGCCUCCCACAACCGCGCCGGCCAGUACCUCCAGCUCAAGGUCCCCGACUCCGAGAAGCCGUCGUUCCUAGCGAUCGCGUCGCCACCGUCGCUAGCGGCCGGGAAGGGAGUGUUUGAGUUCUUGGUGAAGAGCGUGGCCGGAUCCUCGGCGGAGAUCCUCUGCGGCCUCAAGAGAGGGGACGUCGUGGAGCUGGGCCCUGUCAUGGGGAAUGGCUUUGAUGUUGAUCGAAUUCAGCCGCCGGAGGAGUUCCCCACGGUUCUUAUCUUCGCAACCGGAUCUGGAAUUAGUCCGAUCCGGUCUCUCAUUGAGUCAGGAUUUAGUGCCAGCAAGAGAUCUGAUGUCAGGCUAUAUUAUGGGGCUAGAAAUCAUCAGAGAAUGGCGUAUCAGGAUAGAUUUAAAGAUUGGGAAUCUUCUGGUGUUAGGAUUGUGCCAGUAUUAUCACAACCAGGAGAUGAUUGGAAGGGUGAAACCGGUUAUGUGCAGGCCGCUUUUAGGAGAGCUAAGCAAAGUUUUAACCCUCUCUCCACAGGGGUUGUUCUCUGCGGGCAGAAGCAAAUGACAGAGGAAGUUACCUCAAUUCUUGUUGCAGACGGUGUAUCAAGUGAAAAAAUACUGAAAAAUUUUUGACCAUCCAAUGAGUUCCCACAUUGUUGUAUUAGUAUUUUUUUUUUCUUCCCAACGCUGAGGAUAAAAUCUCUCAGAUCGGAAAUUCAAAAUAAAGUAGUAGGAAGCACAAAACUUUAUAUGUUGAGAUUCACAAUCACAGUGCUAAGCUGUUUCAAUAGUGGAAUUAUUAAUUUAAGUUGAAGUAAAGGUGUUUAGUCAACAAUGGUUGUAUAAUUUAGUUUUUGGGUGUUUAUUUUGUUGCCCAUUAAAUUGUUUCUUGAGUUA